AUGCCCUCAAACCUUCCGGACAACAUUCUUUUCAUCGAUCUGGAGCCCGCCAACCGCGUCGCUCACUGGAUGAUCAAGCUAGGACACAAGUACUCCGAUAACCUUGGUUAUUGGCACAGACAACGAUCCAAGUCCUGCCGGGCGGGGACACUUCGACCAAUAGGCCUUCUUCGACAACAACAUGACGAUUCGAUUCCUCCUUCACAUUUUGCUAUUGAGGCCGAUGCUGCUAACGAUAAUGAUGAUGAUGAUGAUGAUGCUGAUGAUGCCCCUAGUGACACCAACCGCUGGACAGACGUCGUCCAAUUUGCGCAAGACUACAUCAACAAGAAGAAAACACUACUCGCCGAUGCCCCCAGACUCAAGUGUUGUAUCUGCCAAGAGGAACUCUACUACGCAGGGUUCAACAGUCGCCGCGGAGACAGGCACACGGAAGCCGCGUGUGUCACCAGCUGUGGUCACAUCAUCGGCGCCAUGUGCUACGAGAAGUGGCAUAUAGGCUGUCUGGUCCGAGGCGCCAGCUUCGAAAAUGAAGACGACGACGAAGAAGGAGGAGAAGGAGGAUAUCGUCUUGGCACGGUGACGUGCCCUCUCUGCAGAACUGUGCUCCAUUGUCAGAAGUGUGGAGAGCCGUGUGUGCCGUGGGAUGCGGCCGAUCAGUCAAUUUUUAUGUGGACGCAUGAGAAGUUUCGUAAAGGGGGUGGUAUGUCGUUCAUCGCGGAAGUCGGAGGGGGUAUGAAGAAUGAUGAGGACUAGGUUGGUAGGUACGGCUUGGUGUCCCUUCAAGAUGAUGUUGAGCUUGAUAACUGCAGGCAGGUUGACAAUUUAGAUCCAUCCACACUUUUACCUUUGCCAGCAUCUCUCCAUAACGGAACCCUUCGUGCAAUCGAUGAUGUGAAGUCCUCGGAAUGUAGGUGACGCUUUACAGCCACACUGAAUCUUAGACUUUGAUGAUUGCUGACGUACUAGACUGUAGUCGAUAUCUGACAUACCUCUCAGGUUUGAAAUUUCCCUUCCUUAGUGUCCGCUACACUGCGCUGCCUGAUGCGCGGAAACGCAGCGUGGAUAUGGCAUGAUGGUAAACUGAAUCUGGUGAUGAUGACUUCUAAUCUAUAAUAGUGUCUGACGAAAGCCAGAUAACGACCGUCCUUAUGCAACGAGCUCACGUUCGUCAGACGAACG